AUGGAGGACUUUGAGUUCCAGGAAUUAGAUGAAGUUGUGAAAUACUAUCCACAAGGAUACCAUGGAAUUGAUAAGGAAGGAAGACCUGUUUACAUUGAGAAAUUGGGAGAAGUUGAUGCUAAUAAGCUGCUGCAAGUCACGACAUUGGAUCGAUAUGUGAAGUACCACACAACAGAGUACUUGAAUCAUUCAACUGACCACCACGACCAGAACUAUAUGGUUGGGAAUAUCCACAUCCUUGAGAGGAAGGCUAUCAUCCUCCACGACUACCCGUCCUCGGUGAGAGCGUCCGCCAUUACUAUGCCCAAUGUUAACAUAGUGAGCAGUAGGCAAUACAGAACUAAGAGUGAGAGAAUCCAUCCGCUAGGGGUGUUGCAUGCUUUAAUAGCACGCGUGAAGGGUCUAUAUUCAAUUCCCAGCUCUUCAAUAACAUCACAAACAAGAGUUUCAUCUAGGAUUGCGCUUUGCAAGGCACUAAGCUAA